AUGCUAGAGAUAAUAUAAGGAUUGAUGUAAUUAAAGAAAGAAAUGAUCAUAAACCUUAUAUGCCAACAAAUAAUCGGAAGUAUCAAUUCUUGGAUAGAAAAGAAUAUUUAUAUUGAAUUAAUCACGAAAAAUUAAAGGAUGGUUCCAUGCAACAAUAUGAAUUCUCCUUAUCAGUAGCUUUAUUUACCAAUGUCAUUCUGA